UGGGGGGGAUUCAGGUGCUCCAAUCCACUCAGAUCCGGCACAGAGGAGGUGCAAGACAGCGGGAUAAGCUGAAUACAGAGUGCACCGUCCGACUGAGACAGCCACUCCCGACCACAAGGAGAGAGAGCGGGAGACAGACAGAGAGAGAGAGAGAGAUCCUUCAGCUCGGCUUUGUUCUAUUUCGGUAAUCAGGGUCUGAACCGGUGCCUCUCCGUGAUCUCCCCUAAAAUCAGUUUGCUUUUCCCCCCGAGGGCUACGAAGUGCCCUAAGAGGUGCCUUUGAACCUCUCUUUCUUUCUCUCCUCGCGAUGUUCAAAAGAAGCAAAAGCGAAGUUUUGGUGGACGAUGAGACGUCCGAAGGAGAGGAGGACGCGCCCUGGCAUCGGGAACGCGCGGAUAAGGAUAAAGAACCAGAGGGAACAGAGGAAGUGCUGGGCCCCUCAACCAAGAAUGAUGGUGCAUUUAGUGCUAUGUGUUUCGGAAGCAGAGUCGGGGAAAUCACCCUGUCAAGCUGUUCUAAGGACUCCAAGAGCAAGAAGGUAAAGCCUAAAAAGGACAAAGGAGACAAGAAGCUGUUUCCUUCACAAGAUGACGAGCACUUCCUGCUUACAGGGGUCACGGUCUCGCACAAAAAAGGAUCUGCUAAGAAGAACCUGGAGGAGGAAAAAGAGAAGGAGAAGGAGAAGGGUAAAGCGCAUUCGGAGAAAGACCGCGUCCACUGCCUUUGGGACAGCAUCACCAUGACCAUGCGUCAGAUCACUCCAAACCGCAAGAUGGACAGGAUGGAGGGCUGGGAGCCGCCGCAGCUGGGCGAGGAGGCGGAGGGGAAGAAAAGCGAGGGAGAGGGGAAGAAGAUCGACUCGUCCCCGCUCUCUACAGGGCUGUCGCUCUCUCUGCCUGGCUCUCUGACCCUGCCGUCCUGGACGGGCAUGGGCUCGGAGGACGACUCUUCACGCUAUGCCAGUCUGAGCGAACCCCAAGCCGCAGGACCCUCGCAGUGGGCCGCUCGCGCUCGAGACAAACUGGCGGCUGUGCGGCGCCGCAGCCCCGGCAGCCAAUCGGAGAGUGCGUGGGAGGGGCUUAAAUGAGACAGACCUCACAUGACACCGAACACUCAAGCGCAUGGAAAUCGGAUAGCAUGCACAGAAGCAAAAAAAAAAAAAAAAAACAUCACCGGGAGCAAAGAUGAGGACGUUCCCUUUCGAGUACAAGGUCUAAAAACUACACAGGAUCUUCAUCCGUUAAGAUCCUGUGUCUUUUUUAAAAGCAGAUAUGGAAAUUUUUUUGUUCUAAACCUAAAACGCUAUAAUUAAUCAAUUUCUCUUGAAGAGUUUAUGGACACCAUAUCUGUUACCUUUAUUUUUUUUUUUUUGUGCGCGAGACCGUGGCACUGAAAUGCUUAUCAACGUUAGACCAAACACUUUCCUAUUUAAUCCUAAUAACGAAUUGCAAUCAGCCUUAAAUCUUUAAUUGUUUGACCAAUUGCUCGCUUCGUCUGUCUGAAGGUUGACACACGAGGCGCUGCUCUCAAAGCCACAGACAGGGGGCGACGUAAGAGACUACUGUGCCUUAUAAGCUCUAAAAAACCGUAUGGGGAUGUUCUGAUGAAGCGGAGGAAGUGAUGGAAAUCAUUUAAAAAAACAAAACAAUGCCUUAUACCACCUGACUGUGAGCACCACACAGUACUGUACCUACACUAACGCGUCUGUCUGUCUUAUUAACCAUCACAGAAAACGAGCGUCAUUCACAACGCAUGGUCAUGCUAUGGGUACAAAUCUCCCAACUCAGGCGUCCAGGGGGGGUGGGGUUGGGGGGGGUGGUUUCCUUCCAUAUUUCAACUGGUGCUAGAUGAGCAACCAGAAUCAUGACUGAAAAUGAUGUAGGAUUUUUUAAAACUCUUUGUGAUAUUAAUCAAUCCCUCCAGGAUUUCUUCCAGGGUGAUUUUUGCUGCAGCUUGUUUUUAAAAAUUAGUGUAAAAACACACAUGUAAAUGAUUUUCUUGGGCUAGGGCUGAACGCGUGAAUACGUUUCUUGACCCGAAUCUGCACAGAAGCUACUACGAGCCCCUCUGAAUAUUGAGGAUUUUGGGGUUCGUUUAUACGGCCAGAAAAUUGUGAAACUAAACCCUGGAGCGAUUGAUUGAUUGAUUAAGUGACCACCCUGGAAGCCCCGCCCCCCUUCCAUUUCAUUGCAUUUAGUAAUCUACUGAGUUGAUUGUUAUAUCUUUCUCUCUUUUUUUUGGCUGAAACGAUGAGCCGAUGCAGUUAGCAUCACUUUUAAAGUAAAAUUGUUAGCGUUAAAUCGAACCUAUGUAUCGACGUAUGUUUGGCUCGGCUAAAGUAGACACGUGUAGAAUUUAACGGUUGUUAAAUAUAGAGAACAAUUUCAGCCAAAAAUGCUUGGUUUUUCUUAGUCGAAAGAAGAAAACGCUGAAACUUUCGGCGGAUCAUUUUGCCUCGAAUCUUCCUCGAAUCUUGCCCCGGAGGGCCGUCCACUGCAGAGUUUAGCUCCAAACCCUGAUCAAACCUUUUUUCUGAUGAUCCUGAAGACACUGAUUAGCAUGCUCGGGUGUGUUUGAUUAAGGUUGGAGCUAACCUCUGCAGGAAAGUGGCUCACGUGGACCAGAUUUGAGGAUCCCUGGCUUAUGAUCAUCAGAAUGCGAGUAAAACGCUGUUCAUCUGCAGCACAGACCCCCAGCUGGAGAUAUCCAGGGUUUUACACGAACCUUCAUGUUUUCAGAUAUUAAGGCAAGAACAGUUGACCUUUUUGUAACGUCUAGUCCACCUGGUGGUUACUAUGAAGCCCUGCAUCGACACUCAACAACAUUAUCUUAGACAAGUCAUUACCCAUGAGGCUAUGCAUUAUUCCUCUUCAGGCUUGGCACGUCUGCGGAUAAGAUGAACCUCGGCCCUGAAGGCGUUUUUGUCGAAGGUACAGUUUGUCACUGCCUACUACUGUAACACAUCCGUUCCCUUCCUCCUUCCUUCCUUCCUUUUUUGAGCCUUAAAAAAAAAUGAAUGAAUGAAACUACUGUACUGCUACUGAUGCUGCAUUUCCUGCUAUCGUUACACGGAGACGGCGUUCGAGUCACAUUAGAAUUAAAGAUCAGAUUCACAUACGUCACGUUUGCUGCUGCUGAGUCACGGAAGGUCGACCUUGUUGUUAAGGGUUAAGCGCAAAAUCCUGAUGGAUAUUAACCUGAACUUUCAGGAUCCGGGCCGCAAUACCAUGUAGCACACGUCAGGGAUUCUGAGUACUUCCACUGAUCUCAUUCUAACACACACACACACACAUAUAUAUAUUUUCUCUUUCUAAUGUCAAAGCUGAUCUGUUUUACCCUUUCGCUAACUCACCAUGAUGAGACUUUUUUUAAUUCAGUUAUUGAUGCGCACCAUAACUAGCCCAAAUCUUCACUGCGUGAACAGAAAAUUUAACCAAGACAAUCAUGCUUGUCAAGUUCUACUGAUGUUAAUAGGUUUAUGUACACUAGCGCAUAAUAUCUGUUCUUUUUCCUCUUAAGUUAUAUGAAGAUUUGAUUUCUGUUGGUUGAAAAUGUCUCAGUUCUGCUUGUGUCAUUCGAUUUUAUCGCCAGACUUUUGAUUCC